AUGUCGAGGUUGAUUAUCAUUUUGUUUGUGGAAAGGUGGGGGGACAAUGAGUUGCGUGUUGCUUAUUGUUUUACCGCAGAUCAGAUUGCUGAUAUCUUCACUAAGGGUCUAUCUCCUACUCCGUUUUCUUUACUUCAGUCCAAGCUGCCUGUGCUCCCCCGCCCCGUCAACUUACGGGGGUGUAAUGAGAUGUAA